AUGGUUGCCAAACCACUUAAGGAUCUUGCAAAUAAAGCCGGUGAACCUGAAUUUCAACUUAAAACAGAUCCUGAAAGUGAACUUAUUUUUAAAAAUGAUGAUCUUGAUAAAAAAGUUUGUCUUAUUAAACUUCGUAUAGAUAAUACUACAAGUGAACGACAAAUUUAUAAAAUAAAGUGUACUUCAAAUGAAAUAUUUCGGGUAAGACCACCACUUGGAUAUAUUCCACCAAACUCGAGUCAGAUGAUUCAAAUUGCUUUUAUAUGUAAAACAGUUCCUGAAUCUUACAAACAUUUUUUUGCCUUUUAUCAUGCUAAAUGUUCAGAUUCUCGACCACCAAAAAAAGUAUGGGUUGGAAGUUUUAGUUACCAAGGUGUUAAAAGAAUGUGGUGUUUAUUUCAAAAAGAGGAUGGAUCUGAUUUUAUUCAAGCCUCUAAGUCUACAGCACAAGAAGCUAAGACUCUAAAUAAUUCAAGAGAAGAAAAGAAAAUUUCAACUAAUGAAAGUAUUGAAAAUAAAAAUGAAGACAAAAAAGAAGAUAAAAAAGAAGAAAAAAAAGAAGAAAAAAAAGAGGAUAAAAAAGAAGAUAAAAAGGAAGAUAAAAAGGAAGAAAAAAAAGAAGAUAAAAAAGGAGAGAACAAAAAAUAA